AUGCCUCUGGUAUUUGAUGGUAUAAACUCAAGUGUUGGAAAUACCAAUACUUCAUGGCGUAUCGCUAUGAUAAUUCCUGCUGGACUUUGCAUAAUCGCUGGAUUAUUAAAUAUAUUUUUUGCCGAUGACUAUCCAGGUGGUGAUUGGCUUAAACGAAAUAAGACUUUAGAAAAUGGUAAUCUUGAAGUUGAAGAUGUUCACAUCGCCAGUGAAAAGAAAAUUGAUAAUUAUAAUGUUGAUAAUUCCGAACAGGAUAAACCUAAAAAAACGGGAAAACUCGCUGAAUUGUUAAGAGCAUUUUGCAAUCCAUUUGUCUUAAUUAUGAUGAUACAAUAUGCUUGUACAUUUGGUGUUGAAUUGGCUAUUGAUAAUGUUAUUGGUGGCUUCUUUAUCAAUCAGUUUCACCUUCAAAAUACAGGUGGUAAUUUUAUUGGUGCGGUUUUCGGUCUCAUGAAUCUCUUUUCUCGAGCAACUGGUGGAAUAUUGUCUGAUUAUGCAAACAAAAAAAUUGGAAUACGUGGCCGUUUAUUGACCCAAUUUUUAAUCUUAUUAUUUGAGGGCAUAUUCUUAAUAAUAUUCGGAUUUACUGCUGAUACUAUAGCAUCGGCCAUUGUUAUUAUGAUUUUCUUUAGUUUCUUCACUCAGGCGGGUUGUGGUUCAUCAUACGGUAUAGCACCCUACAUAGAUCCCCCAAUAUAUGGUACAGUUGCAGGAUUAAUAGGAACUGGUGGUACUAUUGGUGGUAUAGUGUUUAAUUCAGUAUUCGCACGUUAUAGCGCUGCAAUCCCACAAGGAUUCGUG